AUGACCGAGAAGCCUACCUCCCUCAUUUGUAAGGACAUGGCGUCCAGACCGUUUGAGAUCGCAGACUCGACUUCGGACAUGCCAAUUCGCACAGGUUCCGUUGGAGCUAAAAGGAAAAAGACCCGUCAGGCCAACCCCAUUUGGGACGACACUGAUAACGCCAUUCGCACUAUGAAUGACCGACCACUCAACUUCUAUUGCAUCUAA